CCUUUCUCAUAAAGUCAGGAAAAGGAUAAACAAAAAAGCUUACCCUUUUUUUUUGUUCUGUAAGCUCAAAGUGGAAUCACUUCUUCUUCGUACCCAUAUAAUCAUGCCCUGUCUCCUCUCUUGUUUCUCUGCCUCCAAGCACAAGAAACGCAGAUUGUUCAUCAAAUCCACCUCUUCCACAGACCCAAGACGUGGAGAUCAUGAAGUUUUUGUUCAAGCCAAGGAGCUGGAGAAUCAAAAACCUGUUCAGACGACAAGUGAAACAACUGCAACAUCUGGAGUAAAACCCGAAGAAAGACGUGUCAUUGGGAAUGUAAAUCUGUUCGAGGGAUUGCCUGUUGAGGUGAUUUCCGAUGGGUUGAUAAAGCAGGAUGGAGGGAAAGAAGGCGAAAAAAGUGGCGAGGAACGACAAAUAGCCCGAGUAGUACGCGAGUCAAGUGAGCACAAGGGAAGCCAAUCAGUAGUACCCGAAUCAACCGACGUGUCUCAAAACCGUUCAAGAACUCAUCGUAGUUUGAAAGAUUUGGCGUUUGAAGGGUUUGAAGAAACGGGUGAUCAGGAUGGAGAAAAAGGGAGGGACUUUUUGAUAGAGGAAUCAUCGGAGUCGUUGUUUUCUUUGUCAAUAGACUCUAGGAGGCGAGUGAAGGGACCCGAAUUUGAUGGCGACAGAGAAGUUACAAGUCCAGUGACAAAGCAAGAAAAUGUCCCGAGGAUGGCAGAAGCUAAGUUGAUGGAGGAUGGGAAGGGAAAUGAUGAAGAACAGGUUCUGGAGUUGGUACUGAAUCCAAUUACUGAUCAGAAAACUGUCAAAGUGAACAAGGAGAAGCUUGAAGAAGAUUUUGAGAAGGAGAAUCUAAGUGCGGGACUGGAUUUAUCAGGCAAGAAGAAACUUGCUGACAAAGAAACCGCGGUGGACACGAGCCUCUCGAGCUGGCUAGUCGAAUCGUCAGGAGCUAACUCUAUCGAGAAUUCAGAUUCAAAGAGCAGAAGUUCGCCGAAUGACAGGAAGGGUAGACCGGUUUUAGGAGAACUGAGUCUGCAAGAACCGAAAACGGAAGUUGUCAGCAUUUCCAAAUCAAACACAAUUGGCCCAGAUUCAGAUGAUGCGCCUUUGUUAGGAACCAUAGGGAGUUACUUGAGUUGCACGGAAAAAACCCGCAACAGGAUGAUCGCAAUCUGAAAUCUGGUGAUAUCAGUGGAGAUAUCUUGCUUCAAUUUACAAUUUUUUAUUUUGGAUGUUUUUUUUAUAUCGUCAGUCAUUAUUCACUUUUCGUUAUUCAAAAAGUGUGUCAUCAU